CACAGUUCUCCGACAUGACGUUUCAACACCAACGCAAAAGAUGGAUGACGUCACGUAAGAUAGCUCCGCGAUGGCUUAUAUGAAUCGUAUUUCCCUCCGCUUCACGAGAGCAGUGUCAAUCGUAAAAUCACGAGACGGAUCACCUAAAAAGUACCUUGAGUUCAUUGUAUUCGAAAAAGCAUCCAGCUACCAAACAACAUUACCAACACCGUCAUCAUGCCUCGCCCAGGAGACAGCACUUCACACAAUGCCGUUGAAGCUGGCCACGAUAUCAUUCACGGCGCCGGCCCAGAAGAAUCAACUCGCGUCAGCCGCGCGGACAAGACAGCGCCUCUUCCCGAGCAUUCCAAGGGUGCGGGGAUCCAGAGUAAGCCCGCAGGCGCGGGACACAGCCAAGGGAAGAACCAGGGCGGCAGGGGCAGCAAAAACUGAAGGCGCUGAAGUACGUGAGGAUAAUACCUUAGGGAAAGAAAGGCCUGGGGCCUGGGAUUACAGGACUGUGUAUGAUGAGAUGACACGAAUACAAGAAUGAAAUCAUGAAAGCUCUGGCAAGUCUUCUCUUCCGCCAGGCCGGGGAUACAGCAUAUAUGUUUGAGUCACAACCUUCCCUUUGUGUUCCGGAUUAUUACGACUGAGCUCUUGGCCGCCGUAGCUUUUCGUCGGAACCCAGCGAGAGGUAUGUACCUCCACCUGGAAGCAUGCACUUCCCCAUGCUGUGUUCCCGGAAUUCCAGGCAAUUGGAUUUUUGUCUGCCUUGGGCUUCAGGGAUUUUUGAGGAGUGGAGAAACACUCUCGCCAUAAUUACCUGCCCAUCCAACAUGAGGAAGGGACACUCAGAAAUGGGCUAUUCCUUCCAGAGACACGAUCAGCGAUGCCAAAAAUUUUAGGAGCAGCUACAUACCUAUCU